AUCCAAUCUAUCAAAUGAAAUCUAGAAAGCAAAACCUAUCUUGAUCACAAACCAAUAACACGGGUCCACGUGGCGAGGGAAAGGUACUACUCAGCUGAUGAUCGUCUUCCAGCGGGGACAAUGAAAUAUACACCCAACCCCACAAAAAAAGCCCCUUCACUUUUUCCACACUUUUUCCAGACUCUACUACACUACACUAGAUUGUUCCCCAAUUUCCACACCGGCGAAAUUCCGUCGCCGAUCAAAAAUUAAAUCCACCGCCGAUCGUUUCCUCCAAUGAACAAUAAACGCCGCCCUAAAGCUCGCAAAUCUAGAAUUAAGGCUAAGAAAUCCAAGUUCCUCAGCCUCCGCCUCCAAUUUCCGCCGAAUGAAAGUACUAUUAAGGACACCAAACCGGACGGCGGCGUGCGACCUAAAGCUACCGCCUCCGCCGCCGACGACGACGCUGCGGCGGCUAAUAAGUACUCGCCACAGCUCAAUUCGUUCCCGUUCGACACGGAAAGCCAGGUGGAAGAAAGAGAAGGACACGAUCAGGAGAACGUAGCCUUAUUUUUCUCCGCCGCUGACGGCGGCGCCACCACACUCACCGGACUUCUCGACAGCUCCGCCGCCGCAGAGUCCAAUUCGUCCCACAAUUACAACGAUAGUUCCAGGGUGGACUAUUUGUCGCCGUCGUCGGCGUCGCUAACGUACGCAUACGGCGAGGAGAGGGCGGCGCUAGUACGGACGGCGCUGAGGAGCAGAGAUCGGGAUUCCAGCGAGGAUAAGUGGGUGUGCUACUCGGAGGUGGUCGAAAGGAAGAAGGUGAUCAAGGAGGAGGAAGUGACUAGCAGCUCCGCCGUGGAUCUGCGGCCGGGCGACGGCGGCGGCAGUGCAGGAAUGAUGCGGCGCGUGUCGUUGAAGCUGGAUUACGAUGAGAUAAUGAACGCGUGGUCGAACAAAGGACCGCUUUACAUCGACGCAGAUCAGAGUUCACAGAUCGUUCCCGACGUUAACCACCACCAUUUUCUAUCGCAUGAUCCUUCAUCCAAUUACGGAAUUAGGUGGGGAUACGGUGGUGGAGGGUUGUGGGCAGUACCGGAAAUGGUGGGAGAAAUUGCAGAAAAUAAUAUUAAUAAUAAUGGUGAAAUAAUGAGAAUAAACAAUAACGGAGAAGAAAUAACGAAGACGAUGGGGCAAAGAGAAGCGAGUGUUUUAAGGUACAAAGAGAAGAGGCAGAAUAGGCUCUUCUCAAAUAAAAUUCGUUAUCAAGUUCGAAAGCUUAAUGCCGAAAAACGCCCUCGCCUCAAGGGUCGAUUCGUUAAGAGAAUUUUGAAGGUUUGUGCUACACUACGGGCAAAAUAUCAUUUUCUACUCGAAAAUAGUGUUUUAUUUAGUAUUUAUUUUCACUAGUAUAUAUCACGUGUGUCAAUAAUGUGUGUGACGUGUAUUGGUGAAAUAAAAAUGGAUAAUGAAAAAAUCAUGUU